AUGAUGAGCGACAAGGAACGCGAGGACUACAAGAAAGCGUGGCAACUUUUCGCCGACUUAGCCGACAAAAAUGAUGUAUUCACCCCUUUACAGCGGGGCCUCAUCCAAAUAAUGGCCGAGUCAGUACAGGUGAACGGCGAACUGUCGUCCGGCAUAGUGCGUACGAUCGAGGACGUGACGAGAGUUUUCAGGGCGGGUGCCCGAUUCCGCGAGGCGAUCGCCGACGGCCGCGCGGCCCGCGCCCGUUCGGCCGCGUGCAGCGUGGAAAUAGCGGCCUCGCAAAGAAGAGCGGCCGCGGAGCGCCUGCAGGCCGAGGAUAUAGCGCGGGAGCGCGAGGCCAGGAGUAGCGCGGCGCCGGCCACGACGCGCGCUCGCUCGCUCGCGCUCGAGGCCCAGGCACAGGCGGCCUUGUUGCGAGCCCGAGCCGACCUCGCCGUGGCCCAGGCCAACCUGGACGCGACUGAAAAAGCCGCGGAGGAGCGGAGGAGGGAGCGAAACUUAGCGCACAAGAAGCACGCCGCCAUGAUGGCUCAGCGUGAGAAGGAGUUCGACGAGAUGGACGCGGCGGCCCAAGCGAGGGCCUGGUACGAAUUACCGUUGGCCCAGCGGCGCGCUCUCUUGGCUGGUGUUGAGUACCCGCCGCCGCCCGCGAAGCGCGCGCGCAACCAUGAGGUCCAGUAA